CCCCAGAUAAAAUUGAUAGUACAAUAAAGGAGCAUAUUUUGCUAUGAAUGAAGACGUAUAAAACAUCAUUGAAGUAUGGUAAUACAUUUCGCGUUGAGGAGUUAAUGUCCCUCCUGAGACGCCGUAGCCACGCAUGGCUGACAGGGAUCAUGUUGAAGGUGACAGGUAGAGUUGUUAUGGCCGGAGCCUUCACCUUGUGGCCAGCUACCGUCAUGGCCGCUGGCGGUGACUUAAAGAAGCAGUCAGCGCCUCUCAAACGGGAUGAUCUCUCUCUGUACCGCGCUCCACUUCAAGAGAAAGCCGCGUCCGAGGAACCGGAAGCGGGUCAACUGGAGCGAAGUGUCGCCACCCUCCGUAAAGCGGUGGAGCCGUACGCGGCUUGGUGUCGUUCCACUUACGGUCAACUCGAACCGAAGAUUCAAAGUGCGGUCCAGUUUGGACGUGACACUGUCACGUUUCUCAAAGACCCGCCGGGGGACGUCUUGGCCCGGGUUGGCAUAAUCGGCUUCACCGGGGUCCUAGGGCUGCUUUUCGCAAGACGCUCCCGGGUAAAGAAGCUCAUCUACCCGACUGGUCUGAUGGCGGCCACUGCUUCCAUGUACUACCCAGAGCGGGCCGCAGUCAUCGCCAAGUCCGCGGGGGACACCUUGUAUGACGGCGCCGUGCACAGCUGUGCUGCCGUAGAGAGGCUCAUCCAGCCAAGCAAGAAGGCCGAGGGGGGCAGCGACUCAGCGGGGAAACGUUGAUGGUGUGGAGGGCUCCAGCAAGACAACUGCUGUAUUUCACAAUCACAAGUGUUACUAAAACUGUGUGCGCUUGUUUAUGCACCUCUUUUCUAUUACAACUCAGGCUUCUUAUUUGAAUGUAUAUUUAUGCAGAAAAUAAAUACAAAGUCGCUAA